AUGGUGGACACUCGAGCAUUUGGAUCGGCUAGUCAUGACGGAAAAGUGUAUCAGAGAAUGGACGCGAAGAAGAACAACCCGCAAAUCCCAAAAGCACCGAAAGAUACGGGACCACAUAACAAAAUCAUUCCAGAAGGGGAAAAAGGGAAAGAGACGGCUGGGGAUUUUCCAAUUUCUGAAAAAGAUGCACUAAUAGGGGGAGUAGACACUUCUGCAAAAGGGAACGAAAUGGCAGAAAACGUAAUGAAGGCUGCAAAAGGUGUAGGCAUGACUGGUCUGUCCUUAAACAAGGCAAACGAACUGAUCAUCGGGAAAAGAGCCAGAGCUAAGGAGAGCCUCAAAAUUCUGCAAUUGGAGACAACAACAAGAGAUAAGGCAUAUACCUCCAAUGCGACUGGCAAUGUAACUGAAUCACCUGAUAUGUCUAAAGGCUCAAAGCGCCUUCGUGAAUCUGUGAAGAAAACAAGCUGUCCAGGUGAAGAAGAAUUACACAAAAAUGCACCUGGGAAGAAGGAUAGCAAAGGGAAGGAAAAGGUCGAGGAGGUUGUUGUAAUUCUCGUUUUGAGGACCAUUGUUAUUGUUACAAUAUAUUAUUUCAACUAUAUUCGUUUUUGGAGUCUCUAUGCACUAGUACGAUUACUCCAGCUGAUGCUGCAUUGUACCAAUUAGUUU